AUGCUCUCCAUCCUGAGAAAGGCGCGUCUCAAGGACAAGGAGAUGCGAAUUCUCAUGCUGUAUGCUUUCAUUCUCGGCCUUGCAUCUGCUGCGUGGCACUCAUGGUUGACAUAUUCAAGUGGCCUCGACAAUGCCGGAAAGACGACCAUUGUCAAGAAGAUCAUGGGAGAGGACGUCAACACGGUGAGCCCGACAUUGGGCUUCAUCAUCAAGACGAUAGACUACGAUGGGUGGGACGUGGGAGGCCAAAAGACGCUCCGGUCGUACUGGAGAAACUACUUUGAAAAGACGGAUGCGGUGAUAUGGGUUGUCGAUGCGACGGACCGACUGCGUAUUGACGACUGUCGAGACGAGCUGCAAGGUCUGCUGCAGGAAGAGCGACUGGCUGGAGCUAGCUUGCUCAUAUUUGCCAACAAGACGGAUGUGGAGGGUUGCAUGCCUGAAGAGGAGAUACUAUCGGCCCUUCAACUCGAGUCGAUACGAACACAUCAGUGGCGUGUGCUACGAUGCAGCGCCAUGACGGGCAAGAACCUCACCGAGGGACUGGCGUGGGUGGUGGCUGAUGCUAAGAAGCGUUUGUUUCUGUAUUAG